AUGAUGGGUCUGACUUCAGCUUAUGAAAAGUUGCCUAACUUCGGUGACCUUACUCCGGUCUUCUGGUCGUUAGUAUUUGUAGAUGUCCUUUUGCCACCGUCUCUUCUGUGGCCACCGCCUGUGAACCCCAACUACUCGCCGACACCCCAAGUUCCGCGCUCCUCCAUUUCACUUCACCACCACGAGCCUUCGCGUCGUCAUGCUUCCAACGACUCCCCUGUUUCUCCGUCAGACACUGCCCCUCCUCCAUACGCGGAGGUGGUCAAAGCGUCUUCAUCAUGGAGCUACCCAAAAUUGUUAGAUGGAACACCAACUCCCUCAUAUCUGCUUACCUUGGAUUCCCCAAAUUCGCGACGAUCAUUGGAGGAGGCCCAAGAGGCGUGUGAACAACGAAACCCAUUGGAACCCACUGCCCCCCACAUUACCCUCUCUCACCACACUGAGUGA